CAUGCUUGCUUGAGAAGCAUUGUGACUUUAUACCUACAGCCGGGAGAAGUCUAGCGUGAGUGGCUCUAUGCAUUAUUCUUUAUUAUGGCUUUUCAAUUGCUGAUAACCAGAUGGAGGCGCCACCUCGACCAGAACUCUUUGACUUCCAUGGCGUUCCCAUGACCAAAUUCUUCACUGACAACUGGGAAAACGUCAAAACCUUCAAGGCCAAACCAGAUGACAUCGUCAUAGCCACUUAUCCGAAAUCAGGAACUACGUGGGUCUGCUACCUCCUUGAUCGGCUGUUUUUUGGAAAGACGAAGCCGGAGAUAGAAACAUCCCUCCCUCUGUAUAUGAGAGUACCAUUUCUGGAACUCUGCAUUCCUGGUUAUCCCAAAGGAAAAGACCUGGCAGACCAACUCACAAUCACUCCUCGUCUCAUUAAAACUCAUCUGCCGGUCCAGCUUGUCCCUGAAACGUUUUGGGAGAACAACUGCAAGACAGUCUACGUGGCUCGUAACCCGAAGGACGUUGCCGUGUCCUUCUUCCACUUCAGCCGCAUGAACAGCAUCCACCCCUCACCGGGAGACUGGGACGGCUUUUUGCAAAGAUUCAUGGAGGGCAAACUGACGUAUGGAGCUUGGCAUCAGCAUGUGGUCGGCUGGUGGGAGAAGAAGCAAACGUAUCCAAAUCUGCAUUACAUUUUCUAUGAAGAUCUGACCGAGAACGUGGGACGCGAGAUCGACAAGCUGUGCACUUUCCUUGGCUUGUCCGUCUCGGCCGAGGAGAAGGAAAGCAUCAUGACCGCCGUGCAGUUUGAGAACAUGAGAGACAACAAACUGACCAACUUCACCAACGCCCCCUUAAUGAAUCUGAAGGUGUCUCCUUUCAUGAGAAAAGGGAAAGUUGGUGACUGGAGGAAUCAUUUCACUGCGAGCCAAAGUGAACGUUGUGAUGAGCACUACAAGCAGCUGAUUAGGUCUCCUGGACUACGCUUUCGCACCGAAGUGAUUUAACAAACCGGUCGGUCUUUCAAGAAGUCAUCAAACUACACCGGCAAGCUUUUCUAGAUUCCUCUUCUUGUCGACAGUUUUCUAUAAUGUCGCCAGAGGUUAUAUCAUCAAAGACAGUACACGUGAAUUAGGAGCUAUUCAUGUUUUUAUUUGAAUCCAGACAUGAAAUUCGGCAAAAUGGAAUAACAAAUGACCCAGAUAAAAAAACGCUAAUACUGAAGAUCUGCACGACACAUGGAUUUAUUUUCUAUGGCAUGUAAGCUUAAGAGGGAAGGCAACACUGAUCAGACUUGGAACUUUCUCUCUGGUCUGGAAGAAAAUGAAAGGGAACAAACAAGACAGGAUCAUCUUUGAAAUACACUGGAAUGGAGACCACAACACAAAGCCAUUGGACGGAAAUCACGAAACAACUUAAGCAUCGCUGGGAAAAGUGGACGUCAUCCUGUCAUGGUCUGAUUGGCUAAUAGAAAUCAUCCCUGUACUGAUAAUUAGCCAAUAAAAGAAAUAUUUUAUUGA